CGGCAGCAAAAAACGCGGCUACUCAGGGUUUAAGAAAGCAGAGCGGUCGUCGUCUAGGGUUUUAGAGAAAGCUUUAUUCAACUUCAACCAAUAUUCUCCCGUCUGAUAAAUGGGUUUCUGGGGCAUUGAAGUGAAACCAGGCAAACCGUACCCUUACCAUUCUGAUAACGUGCCGGGAAAACUCCGGAUAACUCAGGCAACUUUGGGACCUGGCUCAUCGAAAGAGAGAAGCAUCAUUCAGUGUUCUGUUGGUCAGAAGAGUCCAAUUUUUUUGUGCUCUUUGAUACCAAAUAAGAUUGAAUCAUGCCCCUUGAAUCUUGAAUUUAAGGAAGAUGAUUUGAUAGCCUUCUCAGUUAUUGGCCCACAAAGCAUCCAUCUCUCUGGUUAUUUUGUAGCCAACGAGGGAAAUUUCAUCAGGGAUGACUAUGAUUCUGAUUCUUUUGGGGAAGACAUCGCGGAAACAGAUACCGAGGAUUCAUCAGAGUAUGACACUGGAGAUGAAUAUGAUGAUGAAUUCAUUGAUGACGACGACGAUGACUAUCCUGGGAUGUUCCCAACUUCGCCAGUUAACAAAAGUGGAGUUGUAAUUGAGGAGAUAGUGGAUGAUGAAAAAUCAAAUGAUGCCAAUGGUCAAGCUAAAGAAGUGAAGAGAACUAAGUCCAGCGACUCUGAAGAUAUUAGGAAUUCUCAGCGUCAAGUUGUGCUGAAAAGGAAUGUGGGAAAAUCUAUUUCAGAAAGUGAAGAUGAAGAUGGAUUUCCAAUUGCUACCAAAAGCAAGAGCAAAGCGAAUAUGCAGAAAUUAGAACCAGAACAGGAACAAAAAGGUCCCAGUACUGGGAAUGUGAAGGAGGCAAAAGCAAAAGAUGACAAUGAUGCUUCUAGCUUGAAAAGAAAAGUUGAAAACGAUGAGCAAGUUGAUCAUAUGGAAAGUGAUGUCAGGAAAAAGAAAAAGAAGCAGAAAAAGAAGGUAAAAGAAGUAAAAGCUCUGGAAACUGGUAAUGAUGGUAAUAUGGGGAGCGAAAAGCCACCAGCGGAAGUUGAGAGUGCAGCUGUUAAUCCAACUUCUGAUGGAGAUGAGAAUGGCAAAAAGCUAUCUAAACAGAGGGAUGCCUCGACUCACAUGGACGUUGCUGAUGGUGAAAAUAAGAAGGAAGAUAGGCAAAAAAAGAAGAGAAAGAAGGAGAAGAAGAGCAAGGAGACUGAAAUUGGAUCAAAAUCUGAUGAACUAACGAAGACGGCGGGAGAUCAGAGUAAGUCAGCUUUGGGUUCAAAAGAGAAGGAAAAAGAAUCCAAAUCAUCUCGAGUGAGAACUUUUGCUAAUGGGUUGGUUAUUGAGGAGGUAGCCAUGGGUAAACCAGAUGGCAAAAGAGCUUCACCUGGAAACCAGGUUAGUGUUCACUAUAUUGGGAAGCUAAAGAACGGCAAAAUAUUUGAUAGUAAUGUUGGAAGGGCACCAUUCAAAUUCCGCUUAGGUCUGGGACAGGUUAUUAAGGGAUGGGAUGUCGGGGUUAAUGGUAUGCGAAUUGGGGAUAAAAGGAGAUUGACAAUCCCUCCAUCAAUGGGUUAUGGGGCUGCGGGAGCUGGUGGGAAGAUUCCGCCGAAUUCUUGGCUUACUUUCGAUGUUGAACUGGUUGGUGUCCGCUGAAUUGCAUCAUCCACAAUAUGUAUAUUAGAGGAUAAGUAUUUCUAAAUCAAAAUUUUGUCUCCAUUUUUUUAGUUGCCAUCAGUCUCAAAAUUGAAGUGAACCUAUCAAGUUUUAUUAUUUAUUCUGAUUUGAGAUACCACUUGAUCAAUAGACAAGUAUUUUGUUUAUUGCUUUAAUGUUUUUCAUUCUCCUAAGAACACAGGAAUUCAAAAAGAAAAAUGGCGGGAAUAUCGUAGUAACAACUUGCCGUUUUCUUUCUAUUA